CCAGACCCCUCUUUCUCCUCCAUUCCGGUCCUCCCCUCCGGCGCGCUUACAUAAGGGCGUCCUCUUCCUCGCUUGCCACCAACACCACUCUCUCUGUUUCUCCCCUCCGACAUCAGCGGUGCACAGUCCUUGUGCUUGUGUGAAGAGCGAGCUAGCUAGAAGCAAUGGGGAUGGAGAAGGGCAAGGCUGACCCUGCCGCCUUCAGCAUCGCUGAGGCCGGCUUUGGAGACCGGACGGACAUCGACGACGACGGACGCGAGAGGCGUACCGGUACGCUGGUGACGGCGAGCGCGCACAUCAUCACGGCGGUGAUCGGGUCCGGGGUGCUGUCGCUGGCGUGGGCCAUCGCGCAGCUCGGGUGGGUCAUCGGCCCCGCCGUGCUCGUCGCCUUCUCCGUCAUCACCUGGUUCUGCUCCAGCCUACUGGCCGACUGCUACCGCUCGCCAGACCCCGUCCACGGCAAGCGCAACUACACCUACGGCCAAGCCGUCAGGGCCAACCUAGGAGUUAGCAAAUACAGGCUCUGCUCUCUGGCCCAAUACGUCAACUUGGUUGGCGUGACCAUUGGCUACACCAUCACCACGGCCAUCAGCAUGGGGGCGAUCGGACGGUCGAAUUGCUUCCACCGCAAUGGCCACAAUGCGGCCUGCGAGGCAUCCAACACCACCAACAUGAUUAUAUUUGCUGCCAUCCAAAUCUUGCUCUCGCAGCUCCCCAACUUCCACAAGAUCUGGUGGCUCUCCAUUGUUGCCGCCGUCAUGUCCCUCGCCUACUCCUCCAUUGGUCUCGGCCUCUCCAUAGCAAAAAUCGCAGGUGGGGUGCAUGCCAAGACAACGCUAACAGGGGUGACCGUUGGGGUGGAUGUAUCCGGGCGUGAGAAAAUUUGGAGGACGUUCCAGUCUCUUGGGGACAUCGCCUUUGCAUACUCCUACUCCAAUGUGCUCAUCGAAAUCCAGGACACGCUGCGGUCGAGCCCGGCGGAGAACACGGUGAUGAAGAAGGCGUCCUUGAUCGGCGUUUCCACGACCACCACGUUCUACAUGCUGUGUGGGGUGCUGGGCUACGCGGCGUUCGGCAGCAGCGCCCCGGGCAACUUCCUCACGGGCUUCGGCUUCUACGAGCCCUUCUGGCUCGUCGACAUCGGCAACGUUUGCAUCGUCGUGCACCUCGUUGGCGCCUACCAGGUCUUCUGCCAGCCCAUCUACCAGUUCGUCGAGGGCUGGGCGCGCUCCCGGUGGCCCGACAGCGCCUUCCUCCAUGCCGAGCGCGUGUUGCGCCUUCCGGCCGUUCUCGGAGGCGGCGAGGUCCCGGUUAGCCCGUUCCGCCUGGUCUGGCGAACGGCGUACGUGGUUCUCACGGCGGUGGUGGCCAUGCUGUUCCCCUUCUUCAACGACUUCCUUGGCCUCAUUGGUGCCGUCUCGUUUUGGCCGCUCACCGUCUACUUCCCCGUUGAGAUGUACAUGGCACAGGCCAAGGUGCGCCGGUUCUCGCCGACGUGGACGUGGAUGAACGUGCUUAGCGUCGCGUGCCUUGUCGUCUCUGUCCUCGCCGCAGCUGGUUCUGUGCAGGGGCUCAUCAAGGACGUCGCAGGGUACAAGCCAUUCAAGGUCUCCUAAGUCCUAACAUCUAUUCAGACAAGGCAUGCAUAGUGAUGUGAUCACGUAUAUUAUAGGUGAAGAAGGGUCGAGGUAAAUCCCUGUUUCAUGUUUUUAUCUAAAAAGUGGUAAACCUAGAUUGAUCAGUACUGUAUUAGUAGCAGAAGCUUAAGCCAUAUGGGCAGCAAUAAGAAAGUUGACAGUUGACUA